UCCUUUCCUCGUCAACACACUCUUCUAGUCUUCUUCUCCACCCUGUCUCUGUCUCCAUUCUCUGUUUUUCCAAUCCCCAAAUGGAUCCAUCAAACCCAGAAAUCGUUCUCGAGGUUCCACCAUAUCUCCAAGUACACAAAAACGGAACCAUAGAGAGAUUCGCCGGCACCGAAGUUGCCCCUGCAGGCUUCGAUUCAGAAACCAAUGUUGUCUCCAAAGACAUCCUCAUCAUACCAGAAACUGGUGUCACAGCCCGGUUUUACUACCCCAAUUCCGCCGCCAAAACCACCAAACUCCCCUUAGUUUUCUACCUUCACGGUGGUGCCUUCUGCAUCUCUUCACCCUCUGAUCCUCUGUACCAUAACUCCCUCAACAGGCUCGUGGCAGAGUCCAACGUUGUUGCUGUCUCUGUUGAUUACAGGUUAGCACCGGAGCACCCUCUUCCCGCUGCGUAUGAAGAUUCUUGGGCUGCGCUUAAAUGGGUUGCUUCUCAUGCUUCUGAGCAUGAUGAUGGUGAAGGUGAAGGGUGUGGGAAUUUGCUCAGAGACAGAGUUGAUUUUAAGAAAGUGUUCUUGGCAGGGGAUAGUGCAGGGGCUAACAUGGGUCACUACAUGGCGUUGAAGUUGAAUGCUCUGAGCUCUGAACCCAAUUUCAAUGUUCUGGGUCUUGUCAUGGUUAAUCCUUAUUUCUGGGGGAAGGAACCAAUUGGGGUGGAGAUUACUGAUACAGAGAGGAAGAAAAUGGUGGAUUUGUGGUGGGGUUUUCUUUGUCCUUCAGAUAAAGGGAGUGAUGACCCUUUAAUCAACCCUUUUGUGGAGGAAGCUCCUGGUUUUGAAGGUGUUGGUUGCAAUAAGGUGCUUGUGAUUGUUGCUGAGAAGGACAUUCUGAAGGAAAGAGGGAAGCUUUAUCAUAAAAAAUUGGUUAAUAGCUCUUGGCAAGGAACAGCUGAGUUUUAUGAGAUUCAAGGGGAGGAUCAUGUUUUUCACAUCUUCAACCCAGAUUGUGACAAUGCUAAGAGCUUGUUUAAGCGCAUAGCAGCUUUCAUCAAUGAACAGUGAAGCUUUGCAAUCAUUGUAGCAUGUGUGUUAAGCAUCAUAAGUCAUAGCCUCAUAGGAUGCUACAGCUAUGACUAUGAGCUGAAAUUCUGUGUUUAAUUGAAGUGUACUCAAUGUUACCUUACUUAAUGUGUAUGUUUGAAUGCAUGAUGGAAAAAUUCGAUCAGCCAAAUCGUUGUGGACAACUACAAUAGUUAAGAGAAGUUGGUUUUGUCUACCGUGAUUUUGGUUAAGUGUGGGUUUUCAACGUGUAUUUUAAACUUCCUGUUUUUAUUUCUCUGUUACACGUCCAUAAAACUUGUGAUUCCCUUUGCA